UCGAAAAUAUUAAUGGUUGAAACGAACUCGGAAAUAUGACUGAAUUUAAGGCGUUUGAAGCAGUUCUUCGAUCAGAACUGGAAGAUGAUACUAUUUGUUACAUUCAAGAUGUCAAAGGUGGCAUUGUGAAUCGUGCAGCUUUGUUUGUUUCAGAGAAGACAAAUGACAAAUACUUCGUCAAGCAUCAUGAGGGAGAAUAUGACCUGGCUGAAGCCAUGUUUUCCACAGAAAAGUACAGUCUGGACUUGUUAGACAGGACGAAACUUGUUCAAGUGCCAAAAUCUAUCAAGACUUUUGGUCUCAAGAAUCAUGGGUUUAGAGGCGGAAUCCAUGUUCUGGAAUUUAUCGAGGAUCUCCAGCCAAUGAAAGACUACUGGUCACAGCUGGGUGAACAGGUGGCAAAACUACAUUCCUACAACUCCAACCUGCGCAAGAAGGCUUUACAAAGUGAGCAGAGCGUUCAUAGAAGUGAACACCUAGUUGAACCCAGAGACAAGUUUGGCUCAGAGGUACCGCACUUCAUAGGAACAUUCCGGCCCCGCGAUGGCUGGAAAGACACAUGGGAGGAAUACUUUCUUGGAGAUAUUGUCAAUCCAUUGUUUGAAGGCUUGGAACAGAAGCAUGGCGACCGUGUUGUGAGUGAGAAAUGGUCUGCCAUUAAACAAGAUGUCCACAAAGUAUUUCAAUCAGCAAACAUCCAGCCAGAGAUAAAUCAUGGUGACCUUUGUCCAGCCAACUUUGGUCAGACAGUAGAUGGACCUGUUGUCUUUGACCCAUCGGUGGAUUAUGGUCAUUCCGAGUUUGACCUGAUUCUCUCCAAGACGGAAGGUGGUUUCCAUGAUGAUUUCUUCACAAGUUACCACAACAUUCUCCCCAAGGCUAAGGGCUUUGAGGACCGCCUGCUUGUGUAUGAGUUGUUCUACAAUGUCGUCAUGUGGUACCAUGUCCCCGAGGGCCAGGCCAGAGAAGCAACUGUAAAAUCACUGGACCAAGUGAAGGAAUUCAUCAAAAAAAUAUCCUGUGCAAACUAAAUAAUUUAUUUGAAUAUUUAUAAAAAAA